GCUAGUCUGCUACGAUAUCUCGUACUCGUUUACCAUACCAUAUACGUCUUACUCAUUGUAUAUAGACGUAAAAGACGUUAUCAAAGUAGAAUCGAAUACUCUGCUUUCAUAGUCGGUCAACCCUUAAUAAGAAUGGCUUCAUUAACACGCGGAAUCUUCAUCGUCGGUGCCAAGAGAACUCCGUUCGGUACUUUUGGAGGAAAAUUGGCCGGCAAGACUUGCGUUGAUUUGCAAGAAAUUGCUGCCAAGGCUGCACUCUCUGCCGCCAAAGUCAAUCCAGAGCUUGUAGAUUCCGUUAUUAUUGGAAAUGUCUUGAGUUGCUCUUCAGUGGAUGCACCCUACAUUUCUAGGCAUGUUUCACUUCGAUGUGGCAUUCCUAUUCCUACCCCAGCAUUGACAGUCAACCGUCUGUGUGGCUCUGGUUUCCAGUCAGUUAUUAAUGGCGCACAUGAUAUUUUGAUGGGAGAUUCUCAAAUUGUUUUGGCUGGUGGUUCAGAUUCCAUGAGCCAAGCUCCCUACGCUGUUAGAGGUAUUCGCUUUGGAACCAAACUUGGAGUUGAUAUUAAGUUGGAAGACAUGAUGUGGGCUGCCCUAACUGACUUCCAUUGCAAGACCCCUAUGGGAAUUACUGCUGAGAAUUUAGCUGAGAAAUAUAACAUCACACGAGAAGAGGUUGACAAGUUUGCUCUCAGAUCUCAGUUGAAUUGGAAAGCUGCUCAUGAAAAUGGAAAUUUCAAAGCUGAAUUGGCUCCUGUAUCUUUGGAAAUUAAAAAGAAACCUGUUUCUUUUGACACUGAUGAACAUCCGCGCGUGCAAACUACCAUGGAAAUGUUGGCCAAGCUGCCUCCCGUCUUCAAGAAAAAUGGAACUGUUACUGCUGGUACAGCAUCAGGCAUUUGUGAUGGUGCUGGAGCCAUCAUAUUGGCCAGCGAAGAAGCAUGCAAACUUCAUAAUCUGACGCCAUUGGCUCGUUUGGUUGGUUAUGGUAUUGCUGGUGUUGAACCCACUAUCAUGGGAAUCGGACCAGCACCUGCCAUUCGUAAAGUAUUGGCUAAAGCUAAUUUGCAGCUGAAGGAUAUUGGUGCAGUUGAAAUCAACGAAGCCUUCGCGGCUCAGACUAUUGCUUGCCAACGUGAACUUGAUUUGGAUCCUGAAGUCCUUAACGUCAAUGGUGGUGCCAUCGCUCUUGGUCAUCCUCUUGGAGCUUCCGGCUCGCGCAUUACCGCGCAUUUGGUUCACGAAUUGGGACGUCGCAAACUGAAAUAUGCUAUCGGAUCGGCUUGUAUUGGUGGUGGUCAAGGAGUAGCUCUUCUUCUUGAGGGCAUGAAUUAAUCGGUUGUUACUUCGUGCGGGGCAAUAUUAGUGCGAAGACUUUGAUUUUUAAGAAAUCACAAUCCAGUAACAAUGCAAAAAAUAUAUGGAUGGAUUAUAAAAAUACUUUAGCAGUUGUUUAUUCUUCCAUUAUUAAAUAUCAAUACAAGUUAUUUUACUUUU